AUGCCUCUCAUCGAGCUCCCAACGGAGCUUUUGAACGAGAUCUGUGGCUAUUUGAAUGAAUAUCAACUGCUUUGCGCGAUCCGUCUCACUUGUAAGGCGCUUUUCCUAGCCUCGCCGAGAGACUUCACAGAUCGCUAUUGCAAAAGCAUCCACCUGCUAUUGUCAACCGAAAGCCUCCAUCAGCUUGGAUUUAUUGCGGCAGAUGACUAUCGUCGAACACUAGUCAAUGAGCUAUGUCUCGUUACUACUGAUUUGGAAGGCUAUGGAGAGCUUGCAUACUGCGACUUUUGUCGUUCCCCAUUUCGACACAUUAACCCUUCACAGCGCUCACAGAGAACAGUGACAGAAGAUGAUAUUCAUGAGCGCCACACUGCAUAUCAAACGAUCAUCUCGGAUCGAGACACUGUUAUUGAGACUGAUUUUCUUGAGAAAACUCUCGUCAAAAGCAUGACACGCUUUGUUAAUCUCACUGCUGUUGGAUUGCGAGAUAUGACUAUGCAUGAGCUAUUUAGACCUAAGCUCGCACGAAAGUCGCAGUGCUUAGGUAUACGAAAGUUCAGUGAUGCUUUACCUUGUGAUCUGAUUAUGGUCCCACCUGUUUCUCGGCUACGCACGGAUGUAUCACCACUAAGCAAAAACCGCGGCUUGGUCUUUUCUCACAUACUGAAUGCACUUACUCAAUGUGAUGGGCUAAAGAUUCAAAAGCUUUCUACCUCUAGGGUAGGCCUUACACCUGAGCAUUUAGUCAUGACCGAGUCACAAUAUGCAGGCCUUACGCCACAUCUACGGAGCUUGACACAUAUUCAAUUGCGUCUUCUUGGGGUGCGAUUACAUUCCGAAGGCGCCAGGUCUCAAUUUGAGACACUCCUCAGUUUUCUGGUUGCCGUUGCGCCUGAACUCAGAGUACUCGAUUUCUCUCAAGCCGCACAAGAGCAAAGCACAAAAUCAUUGCGCAUGAACACGGAAGUCUUCUCCCAACAAUUUUCAUGCAUUUCAUUUCUUAAACUUGAAAUGCUUCACUUAUAUGACUUCGAUAUCACCACAAAUGCUCUCAUAGCAUUUGUCCGCACUGCGAUGCCAACAUUAAAGACUUUGACCCUGAGGUCCGUAAGCUUGAAUGAUGAGAUGCCGUCAAUUCCUCAGGAUGAGAAUCUCAUCUCUAAGGACAUCAUCUGGUCCGCUGAGUCAAAAGAGGCAAUACAAGGGCUUUGGCAGCAAGUUUUCGACUUCUUCCGGGAUCAGCUCGGCCUAAGAUAUCUAAAAAUGGAAUGUCUGAAGUAUCGACACCACGAGAUUCAGAUGAAAGAUCCGUCCACGAGGCGUGCCCACAUGUCUAGAAUGGCUUGUUUCGGGAAGGGGCUGUCACCACUGGGAACACCGAGAGCACCGAGAGCACCGUUGCCGGCGCUGAAUGGGGCUUCCGACGAUGACCUGGAAUCUCAGAUAUCGUUUCGUGCAUGGAUCGAUCAGCUACAAAUAAUACCCGAGUCGUGGCACGACACACAUGGUGAGCGAAUAUCUAACGGUAUCGAACUUUAG